AUGGCGAUGAUGAUGGCUGGCCGUGUGCUGCUGGUGUGUGCCCUCUGCGUGCUGUGGUGCGGUGCUUCGGUGGUGUUGUCGGCGGCCGGUGGUUUUACUAGUGACAGAAGUGAUACGGCAGAGAAUAUGGUUUUACUUUGGUAUCCUGAAACUAAUAAGACAUGCAAGGAAAACAGUACGAAGGGAGGAAUUUUGGAUGAGUCAGCGUUUAAGAGCUGUAUGCAUAAAUCGAUGAAGGAGAUUUGUGAAGUUUAUUAUAAUAUGGCGUCGACUGAUUCUGAUGACCCUGAAGCCGAGGAGAUUUGCAAGAAGUACACUGGCGAUCCAGUUGAGGCCGCAGAAUCCUCAACACCGCAAGACAAACUGUCGCCUGGUGCGGAAACACCGGUGGCAGCACCAACUCCAGAAACAUCGAAGGGCGGUGCAGCAGAAAUGGGAUCAACACCGGGAAUACCAGCGGGUGAUUCACCAGCAAAUCCAACAGAAGGGUCACAAUCAACCUCAGAUGCCAACGAUACUGCAAAUAGUGAAGCUGAAAAGGGCAUUACAGAGGUGAUGCCGAAGAAUGCACCGGAAUCCAACGCCACGGGGAAAGAAGAAGAGAAAAGAAAUGAAAGGAAUCACAAUAACACGAAGACAACACCACUCGACGCCGAUGCAAUGCAACGUAUCACGUCGAGUGCAGACAGUGACAGCAGCACCGCGGUCUCCCACGCCACCUCCCCUCUUUUGCCUCCUCUUCUUCUUGUUGUUGCGUGUGCGGCUGCUGCUGCGGUGGUGGCCGCGUGA